UAAAGUUGGUGUUUCACGAGCACUUUACAGGCCAGGUGACUGUGGCAGCAUUAAUCCCGCUGUGACCAGCACGGGCAAAGGGAGCCACAGGGACCACACCAGGGGACCCUAGAAGCCAGGAAAUGAAAUAACAGAGGCGGGUCCUUGCGAAUUGUCCAAUCGGUUGCAAGUGGAUGUGGUAACACCCAGCAGACUUCGAGGAAGUUCCUAGCCACGCAGGAGUUCGCGUCUCACCUGCACUUUAUGGCCCAGGUGUCUCUGCUGCAGUGUCAGUCCCUCUGUGACCAGCACCAGCCACAGGUUCUUCAGGAACGAUGCCAAUGCCGGGGGACCUUGCAAACCGGGAAAUGAGCUCAGUGGCCUUUGAGGAUGUGGCUGUGACCUUCACCCUGGAGGAGUGGGCCUUACUGGAUCCUUCACAGAAGAAACUCUACAGAGAUGUGAUGUGGGAAACCUUCAGGAACCUGGCCUCAGUAGGAAAGAAAUGGGAAGAUCAUGAUAUUGAAGAUCAGUACAACAAUCAUGGGAAAAAACGAAGAAGUUUUAUGGUAGAAAGAAUCUGUGAUGGGAAAGAGGGUAGUCAAUAUGGAGAAAUCUUGACUCUUAUUCCAAAUCUAAAUGUGAACAAGAAAACUCGUGGAGUAAAACCAUGGGAAUACAAUGUGUGUGGAAAUGUCUUAAGGCAGCAUUCAUCUCAGAAUGGGAACAUCAGAUGUCACACUGGACACAAGCCUUCUGAGUAUCAGAAAUAUGGAGACAAGCCAUAUGAAUAUGACAUGUGUGAGAGAGACUUCAGUUACCAUCAGUGUUUUGAAAAACAUGAGAAAAAGUACAAUGGAGAGAAACCUUAUGAACAUAAAGUAUGUGGUAAAGCCUUCAAUUCCAGUUAUGUUCAAGUACAUGAAGAAAAUACUAGGGAACAACCUUAUGAAUGUAAGGAAUGUGAAAAAACCUUUGGUGAUCUCUCAAGCCUUCAAAUACACAUGGUCACUCACACUGGGGAAGGAUCUUAUAAAUGUAAGUCAUGUGAGAAAGCAUUCAUUUCUCACAGUUCAUUUUGGAUACAUGAAAGGACUCACUCUGGAGAGAAACCUUAUAAAUGUAAGGAAUGUGGUAAAGCUUAUAGAUACUGCAAUUCCUUAAAAACCCAUGAAAGAACUCACACUGGAGUGAAACCCUAUGAAUGUAAAACAUGUAGAAAAGCAUUCAGUUGUCUCAGUUAUCUUCGAAUACAUAAAAGGACACACACAGGAGUGAAACCCUAUGAAUGUAAGCAAUGUGGUAAAGGUUACAGAGAUUACAGUUCCUUAAAAGCACAUGAGAGAGGUCACACUGGAGAGAAACCCUAUGAAUGUGAAACAUGUAGAAAAGUAUUCAGUUGUCUCAGUUAUCUUCGAAGACAUGAAAGGAUACACACAGGAGUGAAACCCUAUGAAUGUAAGCAAUGUGGUAAAAGUUACAGAGAUUACAGUUCCUUAAAAGCACAUGAGAGAGGUCACACUGGAGUGAAACCCUAUGAAUGUGAAACAUGUAGAAAAGCAUUCAGUGGUCUCAGUUCUCUUCGAAUACAUGAAAGGACACACACAGGAGUGAAACCCUAUGAAUGUAAAACAUGUAGAAAAGCAUUCAGUUGUCUCAGUUAUCUUCGAGUACAUGAAAGGACACACACAGGAGUGAAACCCUAUGAAUGUAAGCAAUGUGGUAAAGGUUACAGAGAUUACAGUUCCUUAAACGCACAUGAGAGAGGUCACACUGGAGAGAAGCCCUAUGAAUGUGAAACAUGUAGAAAAGCAUUCAGUUGUCCCAGUUAUCUUCGAAGACAUGAAAGGACACACAGGAGUGAACCCUAUGAAUGUAAACAAUGUGGUAAAGCAUACAGAUCCUGUGGUUCCUUAAAAACACACAAAAGGACCCACACGGGAGAGGGACCCUAUAAAUGUAAGCGAUGUAAUAAAGCCUACAGUUAUUACAGUUCCUUAAAAGAACACGAAUGGACUCAUGCAAGACUGAAACCCUAUGAAUGUAAGCAAUGUGAUAAAGCUUAUAGAGAUUACAAUUCCUUAAAAACCCACGAAAGAACUCAACACUGGAGUGAAACCCUAUGAAUGUACAACACGUAGAAAAGCAUUUGGCUGUCUCAGUUAUCUUCAAAAAAUGAAAGGAUACACACAUGAAGGAAAACAUGAAACCCUAUAAAUGUAAGCAAUGCGGUCGACCUUACAGUGAUUACACCUCCUUAAAAACACAGAAGAACACACACGAGUGAAACCCUAUGGAUGUAAGCAGUGUGGUAAAGCUUACAGAGAUUACAGUUCCUUAAAAACAUAAGAGAGGUCACACUGGAGUGAAACCCAAUGAGAUACAGCUUUCCUUUCUCAUCUACGUUUCCAAAUACAUGAAAGAAAUCACACUGGAGAGAAAUUAAGAAAUGUAGAAAAGAUUUCAUUUGCCCACAAACUAACACAAGAGAACAUGCACACUGGAGAUACACCAUAUGAAUGUGAAGAAUGUGGGAAAGCCUUCAGUCAUCCCAGUUCCUUCCAAAGGCAUGAAAAGGAAAAGAAUCACAGGAUAAAACCUCUUUAAUAUACACAGUAUUGGAAGGAUUUCAGUUUGCACAAAUCUUCAUAUGUGAAAAAUCUCAGGUAAAACAGCUAAAACUGUAUGUAACAUGAGAAAACUUGAUGGAAAUUAAUCCAUGUAUAACACUCUAGAAAAAGAGUUGUUGGGCUGGCCCAGUACCUCAGGCGGUUGGAGCGCCUGGAGCGCCCUGCUCCUAUUGUGCUCCUAUCGCGGAAGGCCUCCGAUUCCAUUCCCACAUGGGCCAGUGAGCUGCGCCCUCUGCAGCUGAGAUUGUGAACAACAGCUCUUCCUGGAGUUGGGCUGCUGUGAGCACCUGGAAGUUGGCUUGAGCUGCCAUGUGCUGCCGUGUGCUGCCAUGGGCUACUGUGUGCUGCCAUGGGUGGCCAGUGACCGGCAGCUGGCGAGAGCUGUCGUGAGCUGCUGUGAGCGUCUGACCAACAGACUGGCUACCAACUGCCUCAGCCGGGUGGAGCGCAAGGCUCAUAAUACCAGCAUGGGCCGGGGAGCUGUGUCCUACACAGUUAGACUGAGAAACAACAACUUGAACCAGAGUGGAGGGGAGACAGAAGAAGGGGGAAAAAAAGAGUUGUUAUUAAAGUUGUAAAUUACAUUGUGUUUCUCAAGCUUAUUAAGUGUAUCACUUCAAUACAGAUUUCUUAUUAUGUUCAGAAAUGAAUAUUGAGGUGAGGUGAGAUACUUCUGGGAAUCAUCUUUCAACAGUAGCACAAGAGAUUGUAGUGCUUCUUCCUUAAAUGAGUUAAUAUUUUGUCUUUCCAUUUUGAAGCUGUUAGAUCACUGGGUGAGCUGAAGUGUAUUUCUAAUGUGCAAUUAGGUUAUGUUUUUUAUAAUGUUUUGGUUUUUGUUUUCUGUGUUAAGGGGCCAUGGUAAAAUGACAGUUUGGUAAUUGUUGGGAUUUUAUUACUGGCUUGGUGAGAGUUUCUGGAUAUUCUUAGUCCAUUAAUUGUGUAUAUUCUACCUUUUCUUUUUUUUUACUGACAAAUCUCCUUUUUGGGGGUGACAGGCAUACGAGGUGUGAUCAAAAAAUAGGGUGAAUGUUUAAAUUUAAAAAUUCGUUACAGUAAAAAACACAUUGCCAUUAAUCCCCCUCAAAAUACUCCCCCUUGUUUCGAACACACUUAUCCCA